AUGGAGGGGUUGGAGUGGUUCCUUGUGGCAACAAGCAGCAUAGGCUUCAUUUGUGUGUGCAAGGCACUUGUGAAAUUUCUCAAGUGGGUGUGGGCGAUGUUCUUGAGGCCACCAAAGAACCUCAAAGAAUAUGGUUCAUGGGCUAUAAUCACUGGCUCCACUGAUGGAAUUGGCAAGGCCAUGGCCUUUGAAUUGGCAUCCAAGGGACUCAACCUUCUCUUGGUAGGUCGAAACCCUCUAAAACUUGAGGCAACCUUGAAGGAAAUAAGAGAGAGACAUGGUGUUGAGGUCAAGUUUGUGGUGAUAGACAUGCAAAAGGUUGGUGGAGAGGAAAUAGCAAAGAGAAUAGAGGAAGCAAUAGAUGGUUUAGAUGUUGGUUUGCUUGUUAAUGGUGCUGGCUUGGCUUACCCUUAUGCAAGAUUCUUUCAUGAGGUUGAUUUGGAGCUUAUGGAUGCCAUUGUCAAAGUGAAUGUGGAGGCAACAACUUGGAUCACAAAGGCUGUGAUUCCAUCCAUGAUCAAGAAGAAAAAAGGUGCUAUACUGAACAUUGGUUCUGGUUCCACUGUGGUCCUUCCUUCAUAUCCUCUAGUCACUCUCUAUGCUGCUACAAAAGGAUACCUUGCAAUGUUCUCUAGAUGCAUCAGUUUGGAAUAUAAGCAUCAAGGAAUUGAUAUCCAAUGUCAGGUUCCAUUAUUUGUGUCAACAAAGAUGACCAAAAUGAAGAGUUCAGUUUUUGUGCCAACACCAGAAUUGUACAGCAAAACAUGCACAAGGUGGAUUGGCUAUGAAAAACUGGUUGUGCCAUACUUUCUCCAUUCUCUGCAAGCCUUUCUCAUAAAGGCAAUUCCUCAUGCAUUUCUGGAUUCCUACAUGUUCAGUUAUUUUCUUUAUUUUCGUGCAAGAGGAAUCUCCAAGGACUCCAAAAACAAAACAUUAUUAGCUGCAUCUAAUUCUGCAGAACCAAACAUCAUUAAUCAAGAUUAUAGUACAAAAUAUAUGUAA